AUUGUGUGGGAUUCCGUGGAAUGGAGCCACUAGGGAGGUUCGGUGCUUUCAACUGUGGUUCGUGCCCGACGUCCUGGUUGUUCGCUGUAAAAUUGAUGAUGGGGUGCAAUUCGGUGCCCCCUUGUCUCCGUCGAAUGGCGAUAACAAGGAGUAAGUUGCUCUAACUUCCCCUUACCUAUGUACCGCAAAGUCAUUCUGAACGGGCGGUGCAAUUCGUGAGUUGCAUCUCUGAAUGCUGGAACGAGUCUACCUCUUUCGAUGACUUUGUUGCUUAAGUGCGUUGUAACAGAGUUUUUUCAUUACAAGCAUUUCUCGAUCACAGUGUGUCGCAUGGUUUAUCUUAUGCAUACGAACCAGUACACAUCGACGAUCCACAGGAAAUCAAUAAAUUGAUGACUUCCGUUACAUGGCGGAAAAUCGGCCAUAGCACGGUAGACGUGUACCAGAAGCGGACGAUCACUUCGCCGUGAUUAGCUUGUUAGCUGGUAGCGCUUGUCUCAGUGAUUUUGGAGAGUUUGUCUUGAGUCGCUUCUUGUAACACCGCUUCGCUCUGCUGAUUAGAUUCGAAUUUCUUACACUUACAGAGCAGGUCUCAGCAGAAUAGCCGACCACCUCUGGAGGUGUUUCUGGUCAGAAUCACCGAUGAUAGUUGGGGGCCUUGGAGUGAACAUGCCAGUGGUGUUAGGUCCAGGUUUGAGAUCCACUGGAUUGCAACAUUGCAAUACAUGUGCAAACCAAUUCUUUGCUAGGCGACUUCCUUAAAAUUUGCCCUUGGAUCAAGUAAUGACGACGUUGCAACUAUCGAAUCAGCCGGGAGUGUUAUGUACGGCCAACUAUUGUUCAGCACACUUGAGACAGACUGUUACGCUACAUCAGGGUCUGUCGGUCAGAUAUCCGCAAGGAGAUGCAGUGUCCAAUUUGCUUGGGGAUCAUACGGAAAACACGUACGGUUAUGGAAUGUCUGCACCGGUUCUGUAGGGAGUGCAUUGACAAAUCCAUGCGGCUUGGGAAUAACGAAUGUCCUGCCUGUCGCACGCAUUGUGCAAGCCGCCGAUCCUUGAGGGACGACCCCAAUUUUGAUGCACUGGUUGCUGCAAUCUAUCCUGAUCUUGACGAGUACGAGGAGGAGGAACUCGCCUUUUUUGAAGACGAGGCUCUUGUAAAUAGACAGAUUCAGGCGAAUAUUGCUGAUACGUUCAAACGACAGUCCGAAGCCAUCGCAAGGCGUCGUACCGCGUCCAAAGCUACAGCUGCAGCAAUCGUCAGGAAGGCCCACGGCAAUUUUCGUAGUGUGCAGAACAGGCAAAGAGGCCGAGGUCGUGGAAGCCGAGGAGGUCGCAGAUCUAGGUUCAGUGAGGGCUCAGCACGUUACGAAGAUGACGAUGACUUUUAUGACGACGACAAAGCUGAUACUGCUACUUCUGGCGACGACACUCAGAGUGAACCAGAGCCAAACCCGAAGAGAAGGAGGGCCAAGGUGCAGACCUAUUCUAGUGGUGAAGAGAAUAGUGAGAACGAGUCACUUAGUGCAGCUACCCGUGACCAACAUGAGGCGCCUGCCUCUUUCUCUGGGGACGAAUCACCAACCGACUCAUUGGCAAGAGAGAGUGAUGCGGAUGCUUCUCCGACCAACGUUGAAGGGAUGUUGAAGAGCUGGGCUAAAGGUACACGAAGUUCACGAUAUGGAAGUGUUAGUGGUGUUCCUGUGGCCAAUGGUAAUAGGAGCAUGAAGUCAUUACCGCGGACUAAGGAACUAGCAGACGCCUUGUUAGCUGAUGCUCGCGCGGAUAAAGAAGACGAGUUUGUCGUACACUUGAACUUGCAGCCUUUAAUCGAUGGAUCGGAUGACGAGGACACCCUGCCAAGUCUUAAACGACCACACCUUUGCUGUCCACCCAAAAUGACCGUCCAUCACCUCUGCAAGUUCCUUGCAACUCGGUUGUCUCCUCCGCCAGAAGCGGAUCUGGAGAUUCUGGUGGAGAGCAAGACUGAACAAGUUUCAAUUCCAAAACCUCCUCUGCGGUUGAGCAAGCUCUCGAAAGGAAAGGCGUGGGCUUCGAGAGGAGAUAGUGGCAAAGAAGUCAUGCUUCUGUCUUCGGGGCAUACACUUGAAAGCGUACUUUGCGAUUUCUGGGAUUACCAUGGUAAUUUGGAACUUCUCUAUCGUCGAAAGGGUUGAUGUGGCUUCAAAUCGGAUUCGCUUACACAUGGAUGUUUUGAAUCAAGGAUUGAGCAAUACGAAUGAUGAAAAAGCCAUAAACUAGGGAUUUGGGGUCCCUCAAACUUCUGCAAACAACAAGCGCUGAAAAGAAUAAGGCUUGCAUGAUUUAUUUAGCUGAUGAUGAACUCACACAAGAUACCAUACGCGACAGAGAUAGACUAUCUUAUUUGUGGGAGGCGAGUAGAUGAUCCCUAGGCUUUGAAAAAGUAUUCUCUGUGAGGGAUUUUAAUCCAGCCUCGAUGCGUGAGGUCUAAAAUGCGAAUUGUGGAACCUCAUAUUUUUAGGAUUUCUGUUGAAAAGUUUUUGUCUGCAGUAUUUACAACUCAGAGGGUGCCUUGUUUCAGUUAGGGUGGUGUACCAGGUAAGCAAAUAGGUAAAUAAGUCAAUUGAAACUGCAUUCAUCUUAGAGAAGGACAGGAUAGGUAGGAGGAGACUGGAAUAUGUCAAAUAUAUAUGCUUUAAUCAGGGAUGUAUGGUCCUUUUGGACAAACUACUUAGGUUGUAUGUAAGAGCACUUCUAAAAUGGUCAAUGAGAUAAGAACGUUAAGAAAGUAAA